AUGAGCAAAUCGUCCACGGCAUCUGUAUCAAAGACGUCCCAGCUACCGUCAAAGUCAGCUUGGGCCAAAGGUCCGCCAGCGAAUACUUCGACAGCGCCGUCGACCCGAUCUCAAUCUCCCGCUCCUUCGGUCACCACUCCUUCAGCCCCCACGCACUCUAGACGACCGAGCACUUUGGGACAGGGCUGCCGUAUCCACUCUCCCUUCUCCCUCGUCUCAUCCCUCCCAGGCUCGCCGGUGACCUUUGGGUCCAUCGACGACGCUUCUGCACCGAUAUCCUCCUCCCCCUCGACUGCCCCGAUAAUCAAGCCCGAUGGCAUCAAGACAUUCGGCAGCGUCCCUGCAAGCACGAACGGCAAGGUCCAUUCACGGACGACGUCGUUCUCGACCGGUACCCCGCCGUCGAUAGCGUCGACGACAUCGACCUCCUCAACACCCGCGUCCACCUCCACCGCUCCCUCAACCUCAGCAUCUGCCCCCUCGAAACCCCCUAAAUUCGACGUACGAAGCCUCUUCCAAAAUAAGAGUGCCGAUGCUCCAUCUACUUCGACCUCGACGACCCCCGCCUCCCCCUCAAAUCGCCCCGCACCCCUCCCCCCUACGCCUUCGCCCAUGGGCUCCCCCUACAACACUUUCCGACCUCAGAAUGGCAUGCCUGGCCCCAGCCCGGGUGUCCCUAGGUCACCCAGCUUCCCGCGGCAAAUGGCUAAUGGUGCCGUGAACGGACGGCCACCACCUGGAGGUCCGCCCUCCGCCGGCCUCCCCGCUGCCAUGCCCAGUCCAAGAAUGGCCCCGGCGCCUCAUGUGGGGCAGCCGCAGCCUGUACCGCAUGGCGUACCCGCUGGAGGCGUCCCAGUUUCUCAGCCUCAUUCCUGGGGCUACUAUGCAUAUUAUCCUACCGUGCCUGGCAUGCCUCCCAUGGAUCCCAAUUACCCGUACCAAGGGUGGAUACCCCAACACAUGCCUCCUCAACACCAUCCUCCUCCCGGUACACCUGGCUCAGCCAUCAGCGGGCUGCCCAUGUCGCCGGGCAGGCAACAACAACCGCUCCACGCUGCCGGUACCCCGACUCUUCCUCCUGCGAUGCCCCCCAACACCCACCCGCCCCACACGACCCCUUCGCCGCAUACACACACGUCUAGUCUCAGCAGCGUGAACUCCUCCACCCCUUCCACGCCCUCAACAUCACAAGCUUCCGCCGCUUCCCGCCUCCCGAACCCGAACGCCAGCGUCUUUACCCCCAAGCGCGGCGUCACCAUCAAGUCUGUGUCCGGGCAGGAGGUGAAAUUCGAUGGCUUCAAGAGGCCCACGGCCGCGCCGACCACGCCCAUCACCCCGAACUCACCCGCGCGGCGGGCAAUCCCGAUCACCCAUCCGGACGAGGCGAAGAAGAAGAAAGAGGCGGAGGAGCAGAAGGAGCGGGAGGAGAAGCUCAAGAAGGAGGCGGAGGAAAAGGCGAAGAAGGAGGCUGAGGAGAAGGCCGAGAAAGAGGCGGAGGACAAGGCCAAGAAAGAGGCGGAGGAAAAGCGGCGAGCAGAGGAGGAGGCGCGGAAGAAGAAGGAGCAAGAGGAGCGGGUGCUCAAGGAGGAGCGGUUACGCCAGGAGGCCGAGGAGAAGGCGCACAAGGAGGCCGAGAAGGCUGCUCGCAAGGCGGCGGAGGAGAAGGAGCAGCGUGAGGCGGAGCAGCGGGCGAAGCAGGAGGCCGAGGCGAAAGCUAAAGCCGAGGCUGAAGCCGCCGCCGCUGCCGCCGCCGCUACUGCUGCUACUGCUGCCGUUGCUGCUGCUGCCGCCGCCGCCGCCGCCGCCAAGGAGGCAGCCUCCGAGGAGCGCGAAGAGGGCGAGGUGGAAGAGCCUGAGCAUAUGAAUGACACGGACGAAGCGGCGCGGGAGGAGGCCAAGGACAAGGUCUCCGACAAGGCGACCCUCCGCAUCGACACAGCCCUCUCUGCGCCUGAAGGCAAGCGUCGUCCUGGCCGCCUGGACCUCUCUGGUACGAAGAGUACCGUGAUUCCCGCCGCCCUCCCCUCCGCUCUCGCUACGGCUCGCAUCAUCGAGGACAUUCAGAGCAUCCAGUACCCCGUUGGCAUCAGCAGCCCGAAGCCUGAGCUCAACGUGAAUGCCAAGCAGGGCAAGUUCCGCUACGACCGUGAAUUCCUCAUGCAGUUCAUGGCUAUUUGCAAGGAGAAACCCGAUUCCCUCCCUCCUCUAGACGCUAUCGGUCUGGAGCCCAAUGAGAGCAUGCCGAUGACUCGUGGUGGCUCUCACGGCCACCGUCACCGUACCUCUUCCUCCUCUGGCAUGCCCAAUACUGCUCGUCAACCCUCCGUCGGGCUCGGGCUCACCGGCUUCCAGAAGCCCCAGGGCAACCCUUUCAACAUGGGCAACUUCGCCACCGCCCCCCAGAAGCUUGGCACCAGCGAGGAGCGGUUCGCCGCGAGUCGCACGCCUUCCUUGUCCGGAAGUCCGGCAGGUAUGCCGUUCGGUCGUCCCGCACCCAUGGUCCGGUCGUCCAGUCAAGGCGGUCCUGGCGCUCACCCCAGCAGCGGCCGCACGCGCUCGCAGCGUGGCAACCGUCGCGGUGGUGAGAAGGAGCGCACUGGGGGUCCUGGUUCCGGCAGCCAGUUCGGUCAGCUCGCACCCGGCCAGCUGUCUCUUGAGCCCGUUGCGCCGCUCGAGGCAUCCGCAAACCGGUGGCAACCGAACAGCCUCACCAAGAAGGGUGCGCCGCCAGACCAGGACUCGCCCGAGAUCGUGGACCGGAAGGUCAAGUCGCUGCUCAACAAGCUCACUAUGGAACGCUUCGACUCGAUCUCGGACCAGAUCAUCACCUGGGCGAACAAGUCGGAGACGGAGCAGGACGGUCGGACGCUCAUCCAAGUCAUCCGACUCGUGUUCGAGAAGGCGACGGACGAGGCUGCUUGGUCGGAGAUGUACGCGCGCCUGUGCCGCAAGAUGAUGGAGCAGAUCUCGCCAAACGUGCACGACGACGGGAUCAAGAACGCCGAGGGCAAGCCCAUCACUGGCGGUCAGCUCUUCCGCAAGUACCUCCUCAAUCGCUGUCAAGAGGACUUCGAGCGUGGUUGGGUCGCCAAGGAGGCGACCGCCGCUGCCGCUGCAUCGAAGUUGUCCGAGGACGAAGCCGCGAAGGCCGCCGCCGAGAGCAGCAAGGACGGCGAGAGCGCGCUGUACUCGGACGAGUACUACGCCGCGCAGAAGGCGAAGCGUCAAGGUCUCGGUCUCAUUAAGUUCAUCGGCGAGCUCUUCAAGUUGCAGAUGCUCACGGAGCGUAUCAUGCACGAAUGUAUCAAGAAGCUCCUCAGCAACGUCGAGAACCCCGAAGAGGAAGAGAUCGAGAGCUUGUGCAAGCUCGUCACGACCGUCGGUCAGAUCCUUGAUACUGCCAAGGCGCGCGCACACAUGGAUGUCUACUUCGCUCGCAUGAAGGAGCUUGUUAAGAGCGGCAACGUCAACUCUCGCAUGGUGUUCAUGCUUCAGGACGUCAUCGAGUUGCGUAGCCGCCAGUGGAUACCCCGUAACCUUGUGGCCGCUCCUGCAACACUCGCUGCCAUUCACGAACAAGCUGCGAAGGACCGGGCCGCUGCGGAGAAGGAGGCCUUCAACCGCAACGUCAGUAUGUCCCGCGGUGGCUCAAGACGCGGUGGCGACCGCGGCGAUGGUGCCGCCGUUGGCCCUGACGGUUGGGCUGUCGCUGGUGGCCCCGCUGCGCGUCCGCCGGCUACCAAGGCUGGCGACCUCUCGCAGUUCGGCAAGAUCGCUAAGUCGACGCCGAUGACCUUUGGUCCCUCGUCCGUGUUCACUAAGGACAAGUCCAAGCGCGACUCGACGAUCCGCCAGAGCUCCACUAACAUGUUCUCGAUGCUCAGCGGCAACCCCGAGAUCGCGCAGGAGACAUCGUCCAACAAGGGCAGCAGACCGCCGAGCCGGAAGAACAGCAUCGACCUUGGUCAGGGUGGUGCGCCUGAGCCGCCUCAGCGCCGGAAGCUCAACCUCCUCCCUCGCUCUGUCCCUGUCGACGUCAAGUCCGAGUCGACUCCCAGCGCAUCCGCGAACAACUCGGACGACGAGGGCGGCGACCCCAGCGCUUCAUCCAUGUCCGUGGAGCAGGCCAAGGCGCGGAUCGACGAGGACUUGAAGGAGUUCUUCAGCGUUCGCGACCUAGGCGAGGCCGAGGAUUACUUCACGAAGCUGCCCUCCGAGCACCGGCAUCUGCUAGUCGACCAGCUGGUCACGAAGGCAGUCGAGUCCAAGGAGGCGGACGCGAAGCUCGUUGCGGACCUCUUCGACCGUGCGAUCGCCAAGAACAUGUGCUCACCACAAUCGUUCGAGGAUGGCUUCACGCCUAUUGCGGAGAUCAUCGACGACAUCGCGAUCGACGCACCAAUGGCACUCAAGCUGUUCGCGAUCAUGCUCAAGGGCGCGCACCUGCAUGAGGACGAGGAGCGCCGGACGCGGCUGGUUGGCAAGUCCAUGGACAGCGAGAAGCUGGUAUCGUUACUGUUAUCAUAG